AUGAUGCGGGAUCAAGCCCGAGAUGUUCAUGCCUUGCCGUCGAGUAGUCCCGGUGGCGACAACAGCAGCAGCAGCCCCAGGAGCAUGGUCAAGGCAGCGUAUUAUCAUCGAGUGGUUGUGUUUGCCUUGCUGGUCUUGGCAGUGGUAACCAUGAUGUCCAGCACGAGACAAAUGGUUGUGUCGUCCAACUCUGUCGAUCAGCAACGAUAUUUGGCACUGCAAGAUGCGAUACGAAACAAUGCAACCAACUCCACAACAACCGGCAGCAGCCAUAGCCGAACAGUGCAUGUGAUUUCCAAAAAGAAGGACCCAGACUAUUACAUUGUGGGCAAGAAGAAUCUGAGUGGGUUUCCCAACGAUAACGACAAACUCCCGGGUCGAUUCAUGCAGAACAAAAUGCACAUUCUGGGAACCAGAUUGACCACUUCUUACGACAAGUUCGACGAAUCCGUGUCCUUUGAUAUGUUUGGUCAUGCCAUGGGGGGCGGAGCAUCCGAAGGAUUCUACAAUAUUGCCAAACUCAGUACCAACGGGGCAUUCACCUUUCGAGAAGCAUCCCAACAGAAAUUCUACUGCCACCUACAUGAACCGGGACAGCAACACCCCGCUCGUCCCAAACCAACCGUAAUGGAUAUGGAAUAUAUGCCCACACAUCAUUCCAUUGAUCGAAAUACCUGGAAUUCACACUUGAUUUGGAGAUGCAACAUUUCGCCCUACUUGUCCAAAUCGCAACUGCUGGAACGAACUCAUGUACGAGUGUCGGUAUUCCCACAAAUGAACAAACACCAUCCCAACGCCACAAUACCCCUGUUCACCGUCGAUGUUCCCAUCGAAACGGGAUCGGUGGGGUACGGGGGACCACUCAUCAAAAGUCCCAAUACGGGCUCGUUUGUGGAAACAAUUGCUCGAGACGGACCCAUUGGGGUCAUUCUCUGCGUCGCUGGUGUCAAAGAGAGUGCUCUCUGGAUGUUGCCCGAAUGGAUUCAACACCACUUGAAUAUUGGUGUGGAUCAUAUCUUUAUGGGUGCCGAUACACCCGAAGAAAUGCGUCUGCUGCAACAAAAUCUAGCCUACUACAUUGAUCGAGGAGUGCUCGUCCUCGGUGGGGAAGACACGGUCAUGCCCGAACGAGAAAUUCGCAAAAUGCGAUUCUACGAUCAAUGUUUGUAUCACGCCAAGGGCAUGUCCGAGUAUGUCGUCAAUUGGGAUGUCGAUGAAUUGUGGAUACCGCCAAUAUUGGCGGAUGCCAACCUUUCCACCAGUUACUAUCGUUUGCCGGGAACCAACGAAACGCACCGGGCACGACAUUACGAACGUCGGCAUUCACGCGUUGCUACCGAUUUGCAAAAAGAGGACGAACUAUUACUGGCAAGUCCCUACCAAAGCACCAUGAGUCUCAUUGAAGCGGUACGAUCCUUACAAGGGAAGGAUGGGUGUAGUGAUUGGUGCUAUCAGACGUUUCCGUCGUAUACCAUUGUACGAACAGAACCCAUGAAAGAAAAUGCCACCCAUCCGCAAUUGAAAGGGUACUACGGUUUCCCCGUUCGAGAGGCCAAACUGAAUUAUCAGUGGCAGAAACCCAUCAUUCGAACCAAGUACGCACAUCAAUCGUCGUUUCAUCUGGGUGGAUCCUGUGCUCGUGGGAAUUCACACACCAUGAAGGACAACAAACUGGGCGAAACAAUAUACAAAGCACAGUUCCUAGACUGUCCAUUGAUCGAUAAGGAACGAGAUGACUCGUUGGGGAGAAUGCAUCAUUACUACGCGCUAUUUCGAAAGAACUGGGGAGAGAUCAAAAUGAAGGAUUAUCCAAACCGAGACGAAUACACGUACAAAUUCCGGCGGACGGUAAUCCAACAAUUGGAAGCCUUGCAAGACAAGAUCCAGGCCGCGGUCGACGAAUGA